UACUAUUAAAACUUUUAGAUUUAUAAAAUGUGAAAAUGACAAUGUGAGAUUUAAAUUUGUCCCUGAUAUCCUCGGCAUGCAUAUGCAAUGGCAAGCCCUGACUCCUCCUCCUCCUCCUCCUCCUUCUAAUGGAAUUGCCCCGACCCCUCCUCCUCCUCCUUCUAAUGGAUUUGCCCCGCCUCCUCCUCCUCCUCCUCCUUCUAAUGGAUUUGCCACUCUUCAUUCUGGGGCUCCACCCCCUCCUCCCCACACCAUCUUUACCAGAUAAUAAGUUUAAGAUAGUCGCUGGACUAGGGAAAGCACUUCAUGAAGCUAAACUAAAGAUCUGCGGCGAGAAGGAAACUCCAGCAUGUGCCGAAGGAAUAUCUACGGGAGUAGAGGAAAGAUCUCGACCUAAGUCCUGGCAUGGAAAACCACCUAAGAACAAAGCUAUUAUCGAUGAGAUGCAGAAUAAGCUGGCCGCUAGGAGAGCGAAGAUUGACAAAGAGUCUGAUCCUGUUCCAGCUCCUAAUAUUGGGAAACCUCCCAGGCCUGCGUCGUAUGCUGAAGGAAGAAAAUCUUCCGGUCCUCCUCGAGGCUGGACCCCACCCUCCGACUACGGACCUGGACCCGGACGCGGAGAAACACCGUCUAAAGAUUUUGGUCCCGAAUGGACUCCUGUUCUAAAUAGAAAAUACUCUCAAGACUCUGGUAUUCACAACAGUAGGGAAAAUGUGAACUACAGCAGAGAACAAUCUUGGACCCCUCCAAUAAAUCACUCACAAUAUAGACGAGUAUCUGUGGAUAUGGAGAGAAAAGAAGAAUUGACGCUGGCAAAACAAGUUAGACAGAACUCAGUUAAAAUACUAAGGAUGUCGCCAGUAACUAUUCCUUCUGAAGCUUCAAACAUGCCAACGGCAACUCCUCCUCCUGCCGCGUCUGUUUUACCGCCCCCAAGUCCUAUCGUUCUAAGGUACUGGAAGCAAUGUACUACGGAUGCAGAUGAGAGGAACUCCUUAAAUAAUGAAGAAAAAAAUAAUGAUCAGGAGGCAACAGUUCCCUUAUGGAAAACCGAGGCUUUGGAAGGAGAUGUGACUGAGUUUCCCAGCAUCAAACAAAAGAUCAUCAAAAUGGAGGAUGAAGUGAAAACCCAAAUGGUUACAAAGGUCCCAGAUGUGAAAAAGAACUUAAACCUAACAAACACGUCCACAGCAAGUUGGAUGGAAGCAAGAUUGAAGCUCCAGGCACAACUAGACACUUUGCUAACCAGGACCAGUGCCAAGAUGGCAGUUUACACCAGUGAGAGAAGGAGCGAGGAGAAAACAAAAGAAGCUGAGGAAGUGACAGAGGACUUGGAAGUGAAUAAGUCCAAAGAAGGCUUCUAUCCAGAAGUGGAUAAUGAUGUUAAAUCUCUAAUUAAGUCGGUGGCUAAAGAAAUACAAAAGUCAUUUUCGAGAAAAAAUCUAAAUGUAAAUGAAGAAGAUGAAAAUGAAGAAAGUAAAACAGAGGAUGAAAAUGAAGCUGUGGAGAAUGGGGAAACAUCAAAUGAUGCUGACAAUGAUAAACCUGAAUUUAAUGAAGAACCAACUCAAACAGUCACACACCUAGAGCCGACUGUGGAGGAUCCUAUAGAUUUUGACUCUGUGCCUGUAGUACUUGACAUAUCGAUGCACAGAGAAAAGUUGAAAAUUGUCCGAAAAAGCAGCAAAGAAAGAAGACUUCCUGCAGGAAUAAUAGCUAAAAAGAAAGCAGCAGAAAAGCUAAAAGAUCUGAUCAAAAUUUCUGAGACAGUUGCUGUUAAUAAUACUGAUAUGGGAUACCUUAAUGGAAUGAAUGACACUGAAACUACGGAUGAGGAAAAGGCUGAGUUGCUUGCAAAAGAAAUGUCUAAACUUGAGCAUAGUCAAGUUUUGCAAAUAUUACAAUCUGUGGAGAAGGGAAUUCUGGAGUUUUCAAUCCCUAUGCUAAUUCCCUUUCUUAGUUUACAGGUGAAAUUAUCUCUGAGUAAAAAUAUUUACAAUGAGCUAGACACCAGUAAUAAGACAGAGCUAGUAAAAGAGAGCAUUAUUGACAGCUUAGUCAAUGACAUCACUGACAUAGCAAUACUCCAGGAAGUGAUCGAUAGAUCUCAAGCAAAGCUAAAUACCCUGAAAGACGAUGAGCAUAUGAAGGAGUCCUUCACCCAGUCCGAUAUACAUGAGAUGAAAGAUGCAAUGACCAGCACUGAGACUGAUGAGUCUAGAUGUGAAAACAGUUGCUGUAUUUUAAACAAUGCUCUCAAACCUUCAAUCAAAGCAAAGGAUGAUGAUGAUCAUCCAGAUGAAAUUAAAACAGAUUUUACUGCAGAUGAUUCUGUUAUUGAAACAUUAAAAACUGAUGUGAUAGAUAGCAUUAUUACAAAAGAGCCUGAAACCCCAAAGAUUACAGAUGAUCUUGGAUCCUUGAAAGAAGAAAACAAGGAAGAUAAUUCUCAAGAACCUUCUAAAUACAAUGAUUCUGAUAAGUCUGAUGAUUCUGGAGUAGACUCCGAAGAAAGCCACAGGGAAGAAAAAAUAUCCAAGAGUAAAAGUGAAAAAGAUAUUAAAAAGGCAAUCAUGGGGAUUUUAAAUGAUGUGAAGGCUCAAGAAAGCUCUCGUAAUGUUAGAAACUAUGGAAGAACUUUUGAAUACCAACCUCCAAAACUAACUACAGUCAUUCCAAAUGACAGGCGACCCCCUAAAGCCAAGAAAAUGGAUGCAAUGUGGAAUAAAUCUAUUGCAGCCAAACAAAUAAGUUACAAUGGAAUUCCUUCUCCCAAGCCAGCAGCUAAAGUUCCAUGGACAAUGAAGGGAACAGCUUCACAUGUCAAGAAAGAUUCAAUUCUUUACGACAAGGAAGUUGAAGAAUUUGAAAAGUGUAGAACUGCUCUGAAAGAUAAUAAGACAAUGCCAGGCAAAGGUGCUGCAAUAAAAUUUCCUGAAGCAAGAAAAGUUGAAGAAGUCAAAACAACUGAAAAUAUUGAGGAGCAAAAAGUUGUUCUUGAAAAGAUUAGGGAUUCUCCAUGUGAUGUAGAAAAAGUGGAUAUUUCUGAAAAGUGUGAGGAACAAAGUGGUGUUACAAUUGAGAAAACUGUUCGCAAAACUAAACAUGAAAAUAAAACUUCGCAUGACACAUCUGAUACUGCUGACAGCAAUGCAGUUAAAUCCACUGAUUCAACGAUAAAAGAAGACUUAACAACAAAAACACCAAAUGAGAGUGUCUUUGUGGACACGGAUCAGAGUACACAUGAUCUUUCAUCUAGCUCAGAUAGUGAGUGUGACAUUGGAUCAGAGAGUGAAGAUGAAUCUGAAUCUCAAUCCGACAAAAAGAUGGCCAAAACAAUCCCAGCAUUGGAAUCAAACAAGUUAAACCAAGGUAUUCAAACCACACCAAUAACUCGGAGAAGAAUGGAAAUGGCAAAUGUUUUAACUUUUGUCCUACCUAUCCCUCGUAGCGGUCCACCUCCACCCCCGCCCUCAUUCCGACCUCCGCCACCUCCUAUGUCCCCUCCAGCAGUUUCAGAUUCAUCAAAGAUUGGACAGAUCCUUGCAAGCACAACAGCAAGAUUUGAAAAUUUAAAAAGAGAGGCAACAAGUCCGAAACCCCUGAGUACUGAAUUAAGUAUAAGGCAGUCUGUCAGUCCUCUGAUCAUGGAUGAAGAUCCUAAAAGGCGGUCUGUCAGUCCGUUGAUCAAGGAUGAAGCGUCUGAUGAUGACACCGAUGCAUCAGAAUGGGAAUGGACAGAGGAAGAGGUGCUUGAUGAAAGUGAGGAUACAAAAGCUGUAGUUAAAAACGAAAAAUGGCAGAAUGUGAUGGCAGGAUCAGGACCAACAACAUUUUCUGCAGAAUUCAGCAUAAAGAUUUAAUAAAUUAGUUUUUCUUAUAAUUUUAAUAAAAAAAAUCAAAAAGUUUUCCGCCUUAUUCUAAACAUUGAUAAUUGAGUGAAUUAGUAUAAAGCACUGAACAAAUAUCAAGAAAAUUUGUUGCCCCAUAGUUAGGCUUGGUAAGGUUAGCUUUGUAUAUUUUCAAUUUUUAUAACGUUCAUAAGAUUGUGUAUUUACAUGAUAAAACGUAAAAUAAAAUGGAAAACGAAAACAUU